GUUGCCGUGGCGACCGCGCGGGCCAGGGAGGCGGCGGCCAGGCCUCUUGUGAGUCAGUGGGCUGGGCUCCCACCGAGGUGCAGGGCCCGGGGCUGCGUCGCGGGGAAGUCACCUAUGGGACUUGCCAAAAGCAAACACAAACUCCGGAAAGGUGGGGAGCCAAAGUCGGGGCGCACCUAUUCAAUCCCAAAGGCUACGGAAAGGCCGGUGGACAGGCCUUCACAAGAGUCUGAGAAGCCUGCAGACACCAAGCCUGCAGAGAGCUUCCGUGAGAAGAAAGGGGCAGCUAAGCGGCAGUGGCCUUCACCUGAAGUGGAACGUAGGACACACCCAGGAGGGGACAGAACCUGCCUGACACCCUCCUGUAAGCACUGGAGUGGCGGAAGUGACUUGUGGGCUGGGCAGCCUGGCCGGGCUCACAGGGACGCUGGCCGUGCUGGGAGCCACCGUGCUGGGAAGCGCUCGGCCGCGGGGGAGGCCACAGGGGAGCCGCAGCCCGCGGCCCUGAUCUCGCAGCCCGUCCAGCCCAGACAGCAUCUGACUGCAGCCCCUGGGAAACCACAGGUGGUAACUGCCGGUCGAACCUUUCCUGAAUUCCUGAGCCAUAAAACGAAACCUGAUGUAAAUUCAGAAAAGAAGAAAUUUGCCAUCCCCCAGAUCGUCGUCACCACAGCCUCAAAAGAGACCCUGAUCAGCUACGGUUCCACAGGAAUGGAGGAGCAGAGGACCAUUCGGGAAAGGGCUGAGCCGGGCCCGUUCUACCGACACAGGAACCCCAGUACGGUAGACGCCUAUAAUUCACAGACCAAAGAAUAAACUGGCACCCCAGCA